UAGAGUAGCUAGCUUGUCUCCCACGCUGUCAGCACGGCCUGCUCAGAAACACACUGCGGGUCAAUUAAUUCACUUAUUUAUUUAGAGACAGAAACAUGGUGGGAAAGAUCAAACACGUCCGACAGAAGCUUCACCAGGAGGCCGUGAAGCUCGGGCGGCCUGAAGACGCCUCCCAGCCCGGCUCCGCGGCCAGGCUGAAGCCCCCGGCUCUGGAGCUGCAGAGGAAAACACCGGAAGAAAAGGUCGCCGAGGCUCCGAAACAGGUUGCGUUUCAAAGCUCCCUCCCUUCCAGCAUCUUCUCUGGYACUAAGAUCUCACCAGAGGCCCUGGUCCAAACCCUGAAGCUUGAAGAACAGCCUCAGGUUGUCUUACCUUCUAAGAAAGACCCAGAAGAAAAGAAAAUCAAGACGAAGAAAGAGAAAAUGAAGGAACGAAGAGAAAAAUGGCUGAACAAGAUCAGCUUCAUCAAGAAGGCCAAGGAGCAGCAGGCGGCCGAGGCGCGGCGGCAGGCCACGCCUGUGGUGGGAGACAUGAGGCCGCUGGCUGAYGCUUUACCAGAGCUCUGUCAGCUCAUCGGCCCCGCUGCUGCACCCGCUUCAUCCUGCCGCAAGAGCAGGAAGAAUAAAACGAAGAACCCUCUCCUGGACAUCGGGGAGCAGCUGAGGAAGAGGAUGAGGCAGGAGGAAGAGCAGGGCUCCGGUUAACGGCAGCCCAACACAAACUGGAGUUUGGAUACGAACAGUUUGACUAGAAAACCUUUGUAGCCCAAGAAAGGACCGUCAGCUGAAGAGCACUACUUAAAAACAUUAGCUGUGUGUUUUCUAAGUGAUGCCUGUGAUUUAUACCUUUGAAGAGGUAACCAUGGUAAGAGACUCUGAAUAUCCUCCCUGAGGUCGUACACAUCUCCUCCCAAGACAAGCAGCAACCAAUCACCCCUCGGACUGAUCAAAACUUUACUUAGGAACUAUUUCAAACUCAAUCAAAAAAAAAAAACUAUUUGAAACUGACUAAUAAAUGGAAACAAAAUGA